CAAGGCAUGACUCCGAAAGAAGUUUGUUGCGUCUGAUGAAUAUCGGUUUUCGAUCACAAAUCUUUGCUUUUUUAUGACUGUGUCAAUUUAAAUCGCGUAUUCUUAUUGAAAUAUUCGUAAAGGUAAAGUUAAUAACGCGAAUAAAAGUUUUUUUGCAAAGUUUGUGUUAGCAAACAUUGCCGACAACCAACAUAAAUGGAGUCGGAGCGAGUUGAGGGCCGAGCCACGCGAUCUCAAAAACACGACAGAGUCCACGGGAGAUGGGGGUCUCUCACUCCCAUGGUCAACAGCUGCAAGCUGCACCUCGCUAGUGCCAAGUCGACGAGAGUCCAGAAGACGACUGACUCUGAAGGAGAAAAGAACACGCCUCCGUACAACCCAGAUUGUUCUGGAGGAUUUAAAUACAAUGCAGUCCCUGGUUUUCCCUUUCCUCGAUCCUCCUGUGACAGUUUUGCAUCCAGUUUUCAACGAAUCGACAUGGACAGGCGCUGUCUGGAAGAAUGCCCCCAGCUGGGCAUUAUGGAUGAACUGCAGCUUCUCAACCUCCAGCACAAUCAAAUUACGGUGAUCCGGCAUCUGUCAUAUCUGCAACAUCUCGUUUUCCUGAACCUCUAUGACAAUCACAUCUCUGGAAUGACUGGCAUUGAAUCGCUGAGAUCUUUACGGAUCCUUAAUCUGGGGAAGAACAGAAUCCGGGAGAUUUGCUGCUUGGGAAGCCUGUCCAGACUGAACAUCCUGGAUUUGCAUGACAAUCAGAUCUGCAGGAUAGACAACGUGUCCCACCUGAGCGAGCUGCAGGCGUUGAACCUGGCGGGAAACGGCAUAUCCAAAGUGGAAAACCUGCUGGGCCUGGACUGUUUGACUGAACUCAACCUGCGACACAACAGGGUCUCAGCACUGACCGAGGUGGACCGCUUGCCCCGCUUGCAGCGCCUCUUUCUCAGCUGCAACAACAUCGGCAGUUUGGAUCAGCUCGCCUGCCUUGCACAGUCGCGCUCCCUUUCCGAGCUCACACUGGAUGGGAACCCUGUAGCCCUGGAGACAUGGUACAAGCAGGCCGUCCUACGCUGUGUGCUUCAUCUCAAACAGCUGGACAUGAAGCGCAUCACAGACGAGGAUCGGCGCAUGGCUGGUGUGCAGGCUCGAAAAGAGGAGGAGAAGAAGAGGGAGAGCCACAAGCAGACCAUUCAUAAGGAGAAGCGGCGUCUGGCGAUCCGUAAUGCAGCGCAGCAGUGGGGGGGCACCAGGGCCUGCCUGGAACUGCCACCAACCAACGGUGCUAAAGAAGAGGUCAGUCCGGAGAGCAGCCCCGCCCACAGCCCCGCCCAGACCAAUGGCCUCGAACCCUCUCCAGAUGAACCAAGACGGGUAAGCCCCGGUUCAGGACCAGAGCGGCCGUCGGCGGGAACGGAGAGCAGACUCCGCAUCAACAGCCGCCCAAACAGCCCCCGGGAUCCCAAGCUGGUGGAGGCGGGGAGCUGCAGUGUUCAGAGCUUGUCCCUCUCCGACAGCCACCUGGCGGAGCUGGACGGGGACACCCUGCGUCUGUUUGGACCCGGAGCCCUGGAGGCCCUGGAGAGGGGCUGGGGAGUCCAGACCGCUGGCGCCGUCACUGUAAUCGCCUUCCGCUACAUCAACUUCAACGCCAUACUACCAACACUGCCGCGAAUAAGGGUCAAGUUCCCCAACCUGUCGCACCUGAUCUUCCUGGAAGCCAACAUCGGCCGCCUGGCCCAGCUGGCGGGCCUGGCUCAGGUGAGGCGUCUCGACCAGCUGACCAUCCACCCGGAUGGCAACCCCGUGGUCAGCCUGUCUCUGUGGCGCUCCUUCGCCGUGUACCGCCUCAACCACCUCAACCUGCAGAGGAUCAACGGCCAGGAGGUGACCAUGAACGAUGUGAUCGCCGCGGAGCGUGUGUUCGGCACGCUGGGUCACAUAGCGGCCACCGAAACGCCGCGUUGCCGCCUCCUCCUUCUGCUCGAGGAGUCCAGGAAGCGCCAGCUGCAGUUCCUGUUGGAGGGGCGUGGCCGGCGGGCAGGACUGAGUCCGGAGGAGCUGCGGGACAACGGGAAGCUGGUGGGAGAAGGCCUGAGCAGAGCGCUGUUCAACUACCCGAGCAGAGACAGCAGCGCAGAGAGCCCGGAGGAGGGCAGUGUGGAGUCAUCUGAUCGCGCCGCCAUGGUGGAGCAGUACCUCCAGGAGUUGGUCCAAAGGGCGUCCGACACCAAUCUGAAGGGCGAGGCCCUGCACAAGCUCUGGCCCUCCAUGUUUGCAGAGAUGGUGCGGGACUGCGUGUUGGAGAUGAGGGACCGCGCAGCCUUCCGGCAAGCCAGCCUCGCUAAGCUCUCUGAGACCAAGUGACGAGGAGCGGAGCGUCGCACACAUAGGGGGCACCUUGCAACUCAUUCAUCUAACUCCUCAUCACUCAGUAACUUAUCACCGAGCAGCAGUUGUAUCAUUCCUUUGAAAAAGAAAGGUCUAUUUCCCAAAAGAGCGUGUAGCUCCGUAAGAAGGAGGGUUUUAGAGGAAUUAUGACCAAGAAUGUAAAUUUCCACGAAAAGACAAUCUGUUGGAUUCUUGGAUGCUUGAAAAGUGAAAGUCUUGAGUCACAGUGCAUUGUGGCCCCCUAAAGAAAGCUGCACUUUCUGAAUGACCCCCCUUCCCCCUAAGUGUCAUCAGCUGAAAAAGACCUGUGUCUCUUUUGUCGAGACCAUCGAGUGAUUCUUUUUCUGUGGCUUAAAUAACGUUUCAUGCAUCGCCCCCUCUCUCUUUCUCCCGCCAGCUGUAUAAAAAGACACGAACAACAAGACCAAGGACUUUUUCUUUGUUUACCACUGAUUUUGUGUAUUGUACUUAGAAUUAAAAUAUUCUUUACUAUU